AUGGAGAAACAAAAAAGAGGACAAAAUACUAGGGGAAACAAACAGAUCGAGAAACAACCUCCAAAUGAAGCAAAAGAUGGUUCAAAUAAUAAGCAACAGUUGCAGAGAGGGAGGGAGAUUCAGAAUAAUAAAAGAAAUGUGAAUAGAAAUAGAAGAGGUCAAAGUGAACCUCCUCAAACAAUGUUCAAGCCUACAGGAGUUAUUUUUGGUCUAGAUAAGCCUUGGCCUAUUAGUGGAGCUCAGACGAAUGGGGACAAUAAUAAGGAACAACACAAGAAUAACUUCAACAAGGAGGAGGAAGAGGAAAGAUUAAAAUCUACAAAGGGGCAGAAGAAUGCCCAUGAUGAUAGUAAUACUAGCUUCAAAUCCUUCAUGAUAGAUGAACCUGACAAAUUGGAAGUUGUUCUGUUUGAGGAAGGCUGGGAAUCCGCAGGGAAAAGGAAAAAUAGAAGGUUUGAUAGUAAAAGAGAACCAGAGAAAAUAAAGAAAAACCAGGAAAAUCUCAUUACGCAAAACAGUUUCGAUGAGCUACUUCAAGAAGGAAAUUUAGAUGUUGGCAAAUCUGCCCCGGUGGAAGGAGAAGAAGGGAAUCACGAAAACGAAGAUGAAUGGGCUGAGGUAACCUCUUCGUCUGAAGAAGAAAACACCUCGGAUGAAUCUGACGAAGAAGAUUCGGAAGAGGAAGAGAGUGGUACUGAUGAGGAUAACGUGAAGAAAACCAGUUUUAAAGAAGAUAUUCCGUGUCUGAUUAGAGAAGCUGCUGAAAAUAAGAAUCCCAAGCGAGAAAUUGACAAUGCAGCAGAAGGUAACAGUAAGAAGAUCAAUAUUACAAAAAAUCAAAAGAAGGAAUCCAAAAAAUCAUCCAAGCAUCCAGGUAAUGUUUAA